AGGAGAAAAAACAACACAGGGGAAACAGAGAGGAAGAAGGCACAGCGGAAAAAAAGGAGGUGGAGGAAAAAGUGAAAUAACAGGAGAUUAGCGGGAAGACUGGAGGGACAGGCUGGAGAGAGAGCUCAGAAGACAUUGCGCAAGUGGAGAACGAGACUUGCUAUAUAUUUUUAGAGGUCCCUGCUUUUGUGUGAAGAUUUUUUGUUUCCCUUCUGCAGACUGAAAGGAGGUGACACCAUGACAACAGAAAUGCAGGAGAUCGCCAUCACAGAGGACAAGCCUUUACUCACGGGUCAGGCCGACACAGCCAAGGACGCUGAACUGGCUGCAAGGAUACUCCUGGACCAAGGACAGGAGCAUAAUGUCGAGACCCCUCAUGGUGUUCUGCACGUGACCCUCCACGGCACACGAACCACCCGUAGGCCCGCUAUCCUCACCUUCCACGACGUGGGUCUGGACAAUAAGAGCUGCUUCUCCCCUCUGUUUAAGUUCGAGGAGAUGCAGGAGAUAGUCAAGAAUUUCACCCUGAUUCAUAUUGAUGCUCCAGGACAAGAGGAGGGGGCUGCUGUCUACCCCAUGGGUUACCAGUAUCCGUCCAUGGAGACCAUAGCAGAGAUGAUCCCUGCCGUCCUGCAGUUUUUCAACUUCCGUACUGUAAUCGGAGUGGGUGUGGGAGCAGGAGCAUACAUCCUCUCCAAGUUCACACUCGCAAACCCAGAUUCAGUUGAGGGUCUGGUUCUGAUCAACAUCGACACUAACGCCCGUGGGUGGAUGGACUGGGCCGCUCAGAAGCUGAGCUCUGUGACGUCCUCCCUCACAGAGCAGAUCCUGUCCCACCUUUUCAGUCAGGAGGAGCUGUCAUCAAACACAGAUCUAGUUCAGUCUCACAGAGAGCGAAUCUCCAAAGCCUCUAAUCUUGCCAACAUAGAGCUCCUCUGGAAGACUUAUAACAGUCGCAGAGACUUGAACAUUGACCGCAACAGCACCUUCAAGUGUCCAGUAAUGUUGGUGGUGGGUGAUCAAGCUCCAUAUGAGGACGCUGCUGUGGAGUGCAACAGCAAACUGGACCCGACAACAACCUCAUUCCUAAAGAUGGCUGAUGCUGGUGGUCUCCCACAGCUGACCCAGCCUGCUAAACUGACUGAGGCUUUCAAGUAUUUCAUCCAGGGCAUGGGCUACAUGGCUUCGUCUUGCAUGACCCGCCUGUCCCGCUCCCGCACCACCUCCCUCUCCUCCUCCUACUCCAUGGAUGGGUCCCGCUCUCGCUCCCGCACCCUGUCCCAGGGCUCACAGGGUGGCCAGAUGCCACCCAGCCCCUCCCAAACGAUGGAGGUGUCUUGCUGAAGUAAAAGAGUUAGAGAGAGAGAGAAAGCAAGAGAGAGAGUGUGUGAAUGGGAGUGAGGAAGAGAAGAGGGCGAAGGAGAAAGGAAAGGAAAGAUGAAUUAUGACAAUAACACAGGAACAAGACGAAUGGGUUACUUAUUUGUCACUAAACAACUCCCAUCAUUCCCCACAGGAGCAGAAUAGGAAUAAAGACAGGGAGAGGGAGGGAGAAAGAGAAACAGACUGAUUUCAGAAGAAAACAGAAACCUAUCCUCCACAUUUUUGCACCACAUAAAAGUCCAAUCCUUCUCCUCACAUCCCCCUUCCAGCUGAAAACAGAGAGAAUUGGGGAAUAUAAGAAGUAUAGGCAAGAAGAGAUUAAUAAAAAAAAACGGGGGAGGUGGGGAAAGAAUGGCAACCAGUCCUUUCUCCCUCCCUCUAUUGGAGCCUCUGUCAGCCAAUAGAGCCCUUUAAUUUAGAUAAGGGGUGUGGCCUAUAGAGACCACACACCUUUGCAUUAACCAAUAGUAAUAAUUCUGAAAAUGGUAUUGUUGUUGAUGCUGAUGAUUAUGUUGUUGAUGAUGAUACUGAAGCUAAUGAUGAUAAUAAUGUAAUAGAAAAAAACAGUUAACACUUUUCUCUUUAUUACGCAAUGAGUUUAAAAACGACAGAUAAAAAAAAAAAAUCAUACUAUAGCAGAGAUACUUAUAACAGUGUGUGUCUAAUACUUUUUAAGCUAGUUUUUAUUGUGUUAUUUUUAUUUCUUUAAUUGGAUUUUAUUUUCUUAUUUGUAACCUGCCUCAGCAAGGGGCUGAAGCUACUGACUGGCUGACCCGUCACGCAGUAACAGCCAAUCAGAGCCAUUAUAGUGACUACUUCCUCCUUGAUGUCGCCAGGUUGUUUAUGUCUUCCAUUUGCCCUGUCUAUAAGUGACUGUUUUGUUUUCCCAUUGGAUUUUAGGAGGUGGGCAGGAAGCUUUUACUGUUUUAUUUUGUUUUUAUUUGUUUGUUUGUUUUCUUUUUCUGGUCUGUUUGGAAGUUGCAUGCCUGGUAUCAGCCCAUGUGAAUACUGACUGGAUAAUAUUUUUCUUUUAUAUUCUGCCAAUGAGUUGUAUGGAUUUGGUUGUGUGUGUGUGUGUGCGUGUGCGUGUGUGUGCUGUUUUGUUUGCUCGGAGCGUUUAACGUGAUGGUCCGCAGGUGAGCAUAAGUGAGACUGGGGGUGUUUGUGCGCUUUAGCUAGCAUCCUAUUGUUAACACUAGUCGCACACCAAUAGUGCUUCCAACACUGCUGGCAGCCUUGCACUGCGUGUCCUAAUAUCAACACUCGUGUACUACUUACCAGGGAGCAUUACAUCACUAAGUAGCAUGCUAGUAUGGAUAUUGCAUUUCAGUGUUAGGCGUGGCCAGAAGGGAUCACUGUGUUCAUCAUCUGGGUUAUAAACUUUUAGCCUUGCCCGUGCAUGGAUACCUCCUAACAAACCCAGCUAGCAUACUUGAGUUCAUGUGCGAUGUAAGGUAAAAUGAACACACGCUCCUCUCCGGCAACAAGCGGCUGUAUUCAAGCAAUGGGGUCAAGGGAAUUGUGUUUGCAAGUGGUUGUUGCUAAAUGUGUGUGUGUAUGUAUGUGUGUGUGUCCAAGAAAGUUAAUGAAAGGUGUAUGGAAGUGCUUUUGUCCCAUAAGCACAAUUAACCCAGCAAUGAUGGGAAAAAAGGCCAGGGUCCUAUAGAGAAGUUUAGUGAUCAGUUUUGAGACCAACAAAACCCCCUGUGACUUAUUAAUGACAAUGAACCAGCCCCUUCACUGCCGCCACACUCUGAAGAAAACAUAUAGAAAUGAAAAGAUUUUGCCAUUUCUGUUUUGAGAGUGAAAUGUGAUCAGCCAAUGUCUGCACCUUCAAACCACCAAUCUGGAUUUGCCGCCAAUAAGCGAACUUACUGCCAAAACUAAGAGCCCCAAAAUACAAAGGAUGUAUUUUGUCAAAAUUCUGCCUUUAGAAAUGCUGUGAGCUAAACUUGCGGCGUAACACAUGCUGCUGUCUUUAUAAUUGAACCCUGAUUCCUUCUACAUUGCUAUAUGACAUUUCAGCAGCAGAUCAACACAAAGCUUACCACUGCCCUGUGAUGUGUAGCCAUUGGACGUAAUGUACCCAUAAAGGACCCGUAUUUUGACCCAAUCCAAAAUCCCUGGAGCACAUCUGCAUUUUUAAGCGUCGCUCUGAUGCACACAUUUGUCCUCUGAUGCAUCUUUGCAUCUCUCUUUUUUUUUAGGUUUAGGUUUUUGGUUUUUUUAUAGCAGUAUCAUUUUUAUGAGUCAGUUGGAGGUGUUCUGGUUUUUUCACAUGCUGUGUAGUGCUCCUUUUCUAAACCUGUUGGAUGAAGUACAGAUGGAGCAGUGAUUUUGAUGACAGUGACAGGGAAGUGAGUGGAGGGCCUCAGAUUUGAGCUUUGAUUAGACUGGUACUUGGGAGACAUUGAUGAUAUUAAUAAUGACGAUGACAGUAAUCUGUUUUAAGUCACCUCCCUCCGGCUCAUCACAUAGUGCAGUUCACAACUAGCCUUUGAAACGCUAACAGCUGUUGCAUUUAAUAAGGCAAACACAGAUCACAAGAUGAUUUGUACUAAACGGUGGAAAUGCGAAAUGUGAUGUCAAGACCGAGAUGCCACCCUGUUUUAGGUGCCAUCCAGAGGGAUGGAGAGUGGAAUGUAAAUGUUUUGCUCCUCACAGACUGAAAUUAAAACUCAAAAAUAGGGCAUGGAAACUUCUACCAAAUAAGGGAUAACGGGUGGAACCAAGAAAAUAAAAUUGCCAAAUAGGGAAAAAGGAGCGGUACUUCUUUAUGGAGAGUUGAGCAGGGCUGUGUGAUUGUAAAUGCUUGACCAUUUUGUCUUUGUUCGUCUCUUAAUUUUUACUUCAAUCAUAUUUUUCUUUCCCCUCGAUGUUUUGAAAUUUUAUUUUAUUUUAUUUUUUUGUUUUAUCUCUGUGAAGUGUUAGUUUACUGUCCUGAUGUGCUCACAAGUUAGUUAACUGUGUGAUAGUUCUUGUGUAACUUUUUUAGCAUUAGCGCUGAUAAGGGAGAAUAAUAUAAUUAAUGAUAAAAAAAAAAAGAUUAAACGUAAAGAGAAUACAAUCAAAUUUACUUGUGUGGCUAAUUUCUCUGUGUAACACAAUGAACAUCCUAAAAAGCAAACUUAAAUAUUAAUAAAAGCUUAAGAGAAAUA